AUGUUAAAGUCAUCUUUCAAGCCCUCAAAGACGGCGCGAUCUGACGCGACGACGGGUACAUCGAACAGCAAGAAAAAGAAUCACCCCUUCUAUAUCUCUUCUUUGUUUGACGUGUUCGCGCAAGUCAGUAUCAUUCUGGUCUAUGUCUAUUGUAACAUCACAGCGCUGAUUAAUCUCAAACAGCUCGAGUCCGACAUUCAAGGCACUUGGGGGUUCAGGCACAGCCAUAUGACUAUCGUGACUCGGGAGCCCGAUGCUGAUGAAUCCAUGGAAUGGGUCAUCAAGGGUUCCGCUUACGGUGGUAUCGAGAUUAUUCUGGAAGUAGAUGGUGUAUAUUUUUUAAAGGGUCGCUUGAUCGCAUUAAACCAGCCUGGCGAACAAAGAUUCUACUACGAACCCAAGAAUCAGAUUUUUGCGACAACUUCACGGGAUCUCAAAGGUGACUUAUUGAACUCAGUCAGCGUCUUUGGGCUUGGCGUAAUCAUUUCGCGUGACGUGGAACCUGUGUCGGCAGGAAAAGACACGAUCGUUGUCGUAGUGCGACACACGGAUUACAACCCCGAGAUCUGUGCUUUGAGUUCUUUUGACGUCCAAUAUAGGUGUCCUUGGUCUCCAUUAAUGGAAAAAUUGCAGCCUUUACUGAUCCCUAACCGAGAAGUUCAGUUGGUCAGCCAUAUAAUAGGGAAAGAUAUGUCCAAGCAUAUGUGGAUUGUCGAGGAUGUAGACCACGGGGAAAAAUGUAGGGUUUCCUUCCAUCGAGUUUUGCCUGCCACAUCUAAUGUUGAUUGUUCUGUGUUUAGGAUAUUCGAUGAGAAUCAUUUGGUUCAAGGGUCUUCAAAGGACUUGAACCUAGGGUUAAAUGUCGAUGAAAAGCCAACCGAAUCACCUAAGAAAAGAGCAAGAGCGACUCCAGUCCGUAACGCGGUCAAAACUCCCAACAAAAAACCUAAAAAAGCCAACUCACCCCGAGGGCAAAAUCCAACCACGGUUCCAGAAGCUUCGAAAGACGGGGAAGGACCAACUGCCACGCAACCGAGCAAAGGAAAAGCAAAAGCAAAGGCUAUACCCGAGGUAUUGUCCGAAGAACAAUCUGUUGCAGAUGAGGAGAGUGACGAGGACUAG